AUGUUGAUCCAAGAGAGCCACGUCGAUGUCAAGACGACAGCGAAUGGCAAAGAGAGCACCAUGCGCAUCUUUGUCUUUCAUCCUGCCAUUCCCGGAUUCCCCAACGCGUCCGUCGGCACCGCCGGGAGGUUGGCCUACCUCGCCUGCAUCCCUAUUGACCGAUACUGGUGUGCAGUGACUGGCCCGGUCGCGCGGUUCGCGCGCCAGAUCGCCGGCCAAGGCUACAUUGUCGCCGCGCCGUCGUCGUACCACGACUUUACCGGCCCGGAGCCGCUCAAGUACGACGUUGCCGAUACCGACCGGGGCAACGAGUACAAGAUUCAAAAGACGCUUGAAUCAUAUGAUGCCGACUCGUACGCCACCGUGGACCACCUCCUCACUCUGCCCACCUGCACUGGCCUGAUCGGCGCCACCGGCAUGUGUCUCGGCGGCCAUCUCGCCGUCCGUGCCGCCGUACGUACUACCCCCUCCCAGAACCACCAUUGCUCACCUAACCCCUCAUCCACCCAGCUCGAUCCUCGCAUCACCGCCUGCGUGUCCUACUUUGCCACCGACAUCCACAGCCGCACCCUCGGCCCGCACGCGGGCGCCAACACGGCCGCCGAGGCGCCGGCCAACAGCACCCACACGCUCGACCUCUUCUCCCGCUUCAAGGGCGAGGCCGCCAUGAUCUUUGGCGUGCAGGACACGCACGUGCCGGCCGCCGGGCGCGAUCUCGUGCGCGCCAAGAUGCGCGCCGCCGGCGUCGUCGCCAGCUUCCACGAGUUUGCGUGGGCCCAGCACGCCUUUAUCCGUGACGAGCUCAGCAAGGGCCGCUACGACCCGGCCGUCACCAAGGUGUGCUUCGAGGUGCUGCUCGAGGUCUUUGGCCGCGUGCUCAAGACGGACUUGGGCGUCAAGGGCAGCGUGCCCGCUGUCGAGCACGACUGUUAG